UCCAAGCACAAAAGCUAACAACGAUGCUUCUAUACAAGCUCUUACUCUUCCAAAUCUUCUAUUACUGCAGUGCAACAGGAAACAAUAAUGACGACAAAGCUAAACUGUCUAGGGAUUUGUUGGCUGCUCAGCCAGUGUGUAGGGCAGAACAAGUUCCAAAUAACAGUUAUAGAAAUGAUCAGAGUUGGGAUUCGCUGAAGGAGGAUCCAUUAAAAAAUAUCAAAGCAUUUAUUAAGAAAACUCUAUCUGAGCUAGGUCAAUAUAAACAAUAUCUGGGAUUCUUAAACGCAGAAAAUGUUAGAUCAUUUCUAAAUGAAACUGUACCUCAACUAUAUGCACAUCUCAAAUAUAGACGUCAACAGAACUGGAAUGCCUUGAACGAGCAUCAGAAAGAAAAUAUUAGAUCAUAUCUAAAAGAGCUGCUAUCUGAGCUAUAUAAAUAUGUCAAGGCUGUAUGGAUAAGUCAAGAGCAUAGGUUACUUAUCAAAUGAAGGAAUGCAGGUAUACACCAUAUCAGGAUCACACACAGUAAAGUUUAAGUCUCUAUCUUUUAUGGUGUUCAAGCUAAGCUUUAGAAAUCAAAUCAGUUCAUCGAUUUUUAUCGAUAAGACAAUAGAAAGAGUUAUCGUUAAAAUAGAUCAACUCAAACUGUGUAUGCCUUGGGCGAACAAAGGGCCAGAUAGACGAGCAGACGGAUCUAGACUCAGCUCGA